UUUACUUUCUUCACAUUCAGCUUCAUAGAAGCCGCCGUCAUUAUAGGUACACACAGAACAUAACAUAGUCGAGUUCAAAUGCUCUCUUCAACCAUUUCUCGUUGCUUUAACUCAAUUCCUCUUCUCUCUUGCUCUCAUUUUCUCCUCUUCGCACUUCCUAUAUCCACUCUCAAACCCGCAAACCCCACUCCAAUCCCCACAAUUUCGACCAAGAAACUGUCCACAACACUCUCUCCUCCUACGCCAAUGACUGGAACCGCGCAUUCGAGUUCUUCAACUGGGUCGAAACAGACCACCAAUUUAAUCACACCACAGAAACCUAUAAUUGCAUGAUUGAUAUCUUGGGUAAGUUCUUUGAAUUCGAUCAGUCUUGGAACUUAAUUCACCGCAUGAAACAAAACCGCCUUUCACUUCCUAAUCAUGCCACAUUUCGUAUCAUGUUUAAGCGUUAUGUAAAUGCACAUCUUGUUAAUGAAGCAGUGGAUACGUUUAAUCGGUUGGGUGAGUUUAAUUUGAGAGAUGAGACUUCGUAUUGUAACUUUGUUGACUCACUUUGUGAGUAUAAGCAUGUGAUUGAGGCUCAAGAUUUGUGUUUUGGGGAAAACAAGAUUGUGGGGUUUAAUAAUAAUAAUACAAAGAUUUAUAAUAUGAUUCUUAGAGGGUGGUUUAAGAUGGGGUGGUGGGCUAAGUGUGGGGAAUUUUGGGAGGACAUGGAUAAGAGAGGUGUUGUUAAAGAUCUGCAUUCGUAUUCAAUAUAUAUGGAUAUUGUGUGCAAGAGUGGGAAGCCGUGGAAGGCGGUGAAAUUGUUUAAGGAGGUGAAGGAGAUGGGGAUUGAGAUGGAUGUGGUGGCAUAUAAUACAGUUAUUCGUGCCAUUGGGCUAUCAGAGGGUGUUGAUUUCUCAAUGAGGGUGUAACGUGAGAUGAGGGAGGUUGGUUGUCAACCUAAUGUUGUGACUUGCAAUAUUAUUAUAAAGCUUUUGUGUGAGAAUGGGAGGAUGGAGGAAGCAUAUGAGUUUCUUGGUCAAAUGCCUGAGAAGGGUUGUGCGCCGGAUGUGUUUACUUACCAUAGCUUUUUUCGGUGUCUUGAGAAGCCGAGGGAGAUUCUUAGAUUGUUUGACAGAAUGAUUGAGAGUGAGAUUCGGCCAAAGAUGGAUACUUAUGUGAUACUUUUGAGAAAGUUUGAGAGAUGGGGUUUUCUUCGACCGAUUUUUGUGGUGUGGAAGAAGAUGGAAGAGCUUGGGUGUAGCCCGGAUGAAUUUGCUUACAAUGCUUUGAUUGAUGCUCUAAUUCAAAAAGGUAUGUUAGAUAUGGCUAAGAAGUAUGAUGACGAGAUGUUAGCUAAAGGUCUUUCACCAAGGCCAAGAGCAGAGUUGGGCACAAAGCUGGUGCCAGGAGAGGAUUAGAUGGUGGAUAGGUAUGUAAGAAUAAUGUUCAUUGAGAAGAUGAUUCUGGUUUCACCCAGAUUCUAUUAAUGAAGAAGUUGACGCUACAUUGUGAUGAUGUUAGUGCAUGGAGGAGUGAAUGGUGGAUUUGAUGGGAAAUUAGGAAGGAGACUUUGCAAUCAUGAUCACACUCAGCACAGAGGGUAAAUUAUCGUGACAAAACAAGUAUAUGAUCAUGCUGUAGCUGCAAGAAUUUUGGCUGUGCGUUAGAAGAAGGGCUAUCCUUAUGAUUAUGUGGGAAUGCUCAUUGUUGAUGAUGUGAGCAUUGCAUCCAAGGAUGGACAUGAUAAAAGAUGUAGCUUGCGAUUGUUAUAUGCUGCAACUAUCAUCUGAGCUUGUGAAAGUUUUUCAGUGUGUUCAGGAGAAGUGCUGUAUCAACUCUAAUUUUCUUCAUGGAAUUCAGGCACUUUAUAUGAACGCAAGUAAGAAGCUCUUAAUUGUUCCUUUUUUGGUACCCUGGCUUGAAUUUGAAGUCUAGAAAUGACAAACCAGCUUACUUUGUCAAUGCUGUGGCAAUUCAUAAACAUGUGAUUUUUUCUCUACUGUAACACUAUAUAUUAGUUGUACUGUUAUAUUUGUGUAAAAUAAGAGAGAAAAUAGGUCUU